AUGCCACACGUGAGGUCUACCCAAGCGAAGAAACAGCGAGAUAGGGGCAGAAAGUUGGGCAGCAAGCCUGAAGAUCACCCUUGGAAGACGUCGACCCAGGAAUUAUCAGCCGCAGCGGUGCAGGGAAAGCCUCGAGAUGGCUCCGGGUACUCAGGGCAGUGGGACAAGUUCGAGCUUCGAGAAUCUGAGCUGCCAUUAAUAGAGAGUACUUCUGGGAUUCUAAUUAAGCACACAGAGAGGUUCUGUGCGGCCCGAAAGGACUUCUUAGAUCGUUUCUUCGCCAGCUCUCGGGAAGAGCAAUCCGCGAUGAGUGUGGAGUGGAACGCCAAUGAUGGAGCUUCCCUCAAUAGUGUGGCCAAUGAUCUCCUUGAGGACUUGACCACUUUCAUCUCGGUCGCGAAGGACAUCAAUAAAUCGGAGCUGGGAGAGCUGGCCGCCCCCCCCGUCCCCUCUACGCGCUAG